GGAAGGGGUGGGGGGCCCAGCCCCGGGGCGGUGGUGCGGGAUGCCGCCGCCGCCGCCUCCGGGCUGCGUUCGCUCUCCGCGGCUGGUACCUGUGUCGGGUGGGUGGCCGGACGCGGGCCUCGCCCCCCAGCCCCCUCUCCGGGGCUAGCCCGGCAGCGCAGCACCCGGAGGGGGCCGGGCCGUGUGGUGGGGCCGCGGCCCUGUUCGGCGCUGCGAGCUCGCCCUCUCGCGGCUCCCGGGCCCGGCCGCCGCCGCCCCCUCCCCUCCCAGAGGCACCCCGGGGGCACCAUGCAGGCGCAGCAGCUGCCGUACGAGUUUUUCAGCGAGGAGAACGUGUCCAAGUGGCGGGGGCUGCUAGUGCCUGCCCUGAAAAAGGUCCAGGGGCAAGUUCAUCCUACUCUUGAAUCUAGUGAUGAUGCUCUUCAGUAUGUUGAAGAAUUAAUUUUACAGUUACUAAAUAUGCUAUGCCAAGCUCAGCCCCGAAGUGUUUCAGAUGUAGAGGAACGUGUUCAAAAAAGUUUCCCUCAUCCAAUUGAUAAGUGGGCAAUAGCUGAUGCCCAGUCGGCUAUUGAAAAGAGGAAGCGAAGAAACCCCUUAUCUCUCCCAGUAGAAAAAAUUCAUCCUUUAUUAAAGGAGGUCCUAGGUUAUAAAAUUGACCACCAGGUUUCUGUUUACAUAGUAGCAGUAUUAGAAUACAUUUCUGCAGACAUUUUAAAGCUGGUGGGUAAUUAUGUACGAAAUAUACGGCAUUAUGAAAUUACAAAACAAGAUAUUAAAGUAGCAAUGUGUGCUGAUAAGGUAUUGAUGGAUAUGUUUCAUCAAGAUGUAGAAGAUAUAAAUAUAUUAUCUUUAACUGAUGAAGAGCCUUCCACCUCAGGAGAGCAAACUUAUUAUGAUUUGGUAAAGGCAUUUAUGGCAGAAAUUCGACAAUACAUAAGGGAACUAAAUUUAAUUAUAAAAGUUUUUAGAGAACCCUUUGUCUCCAAUUCAAAAUUAUUUUCAGCUAACGAUGUAGAAAAUAUAUUUAGUCGUAUAGUAGAUAUACAUGAACUUAGUGUAAAGUUACUGGGCCACAUAGAAGAUACUGUAGAAAUGACAGAUGAAGGCAGUCCCCAUCCACUAGUAGGAAGCUGCUUUGAAGAUUUAGCAGAGGAACUGGCAUUUGAUCCAUAUGAAUCAUAUGCUCGAGAUAUUUUACGACCCGGUUUUCAUGAUCAUUUCCUUAGUCAGUUAUCAAAGCCUGGAGCGGCACUUUAUUUGCAGUCAAUAGGCGAAGGUUUCAAAGAAGCAGUUCAGUAUGUUUUACCCAGGCUGCUGCUAGCCCCGGUUUACCACUGUCUACAUUACUUUGAACUUUUAAAGCAGUUAGAAGAAAAGAGUGAAGAUCAAGAAGAUAAGGAAUGUUUGAAACAAGCAAUAACAGCUUUGCUUAAUGUUCAGAGUGGUAUGGAAAAAAUAUGUUCUAAAAGUCUUGCAAAACGAAGACUUAGUGAAUCUGCAUGUCGGUUUUAUAGUCAGCAAAUGAAGGGGAAACAACUAGCAAUCAAGAAAAUGAAUGAGAUUCAGAAGAAUAUUGAUGGUUGGGAGGGAAAAGACAUUGGACAGUGUUGCAAUGAGUUUAUAAUGGAAGGAACCCUUACACGUGUAGGAGCCAAACAUGAGAGACACAUAUUUCUCUUUGAUGGCUUAAUGAUUUGCUGUAAAUCAAAUCAUGGUCAGCCAAGACUUCCUGGAGCUAGCAAUGCAGAAUAUCGUCUUAAAGAAAAGUUUUUUAUGAGAAAGGUACAAAUUAAUGACAAAGAUGACACCAGUGAGUACAAGCAUGCUUUUGAAAUAAUUUUAAAAGAUGAAAAUAGUGUUAUAUUUUCUGCCAAAUCAGCUGAAGAGAAAAACAAUUGGAUGGCAGCAUUGAUAUCUUUACAGUAUCGGAGUACACUGGAAAGGAUGCUUGAUGUGACAAUGCUACAGGAAGAGAAGGAGGAGCAGAUGAGGCUCCCUAGUGCUGACAUUUAUAGAUUUGCAGAGCCCGACUCUGAAGAGAAUAUAAUAUUUGAAGAAAAUAUGCAACCCAAGGCUGGAAUUCCAAUUAUCAAAGCAGGAACUGUUAUUAAACUCAUAGAGAGGCUCACAUACCAUAUGUAUGCAGAUCCCAAUUUUGUUCGGACAUUUCUUACAACAUACAGAUCCUUUUGUAAACCUCAAGAACUACUGAGUCUUAUAAUAGAAAGGUUUGAAAUUCCAGAGCCUGAGCCAACAGAAGCUGAUCGCAUAGCUAUAGAGAAUGGAGAUCAACCCUUGAGUGCAGAACUAAAAAGAUUUAGAAAAGAAUAUAUUCAGCCUGUACAACUGCGAGUAUUAAAUGUCUGUCGGCACUGGGUAGAGCACCACUUCUAUGACUUUGAAAGAGAUACAGAUCUUUUGCGGCGAAUGGAGGAGUUUAUUGGAACAGUAAGAGGUAAAGCAAUGAGAAAAUGGGUUGAAUCCAUCACUAAAAUAAUCCAAAGGAAAAAAAUGGCACGAGACAGUGGACCAGGUCAUAACAUUACAUUUCAGAGUUCCCCUCCCACAGUUGAGUGGCAUAUAAGCAGACCUGGGCACAUAGAGACUUUUGACCUUCUCACCUUACACCCAAUAGAAAUUGCUCGGCAACUCACUUUACUUGAAUCAGAUCUAUACCGAGCUGUACAGCCAUCAGAAUUAGUUGGAAGUGUGUGGACAAAAGAAGACAAAGAAAUUAAUUCUCCUAAUCUUCUGAAAAUGAUCCGGCACACCACUAAUCUCACUCUGUGGUUUGAGAAAUGUAUUGUAGAAACUGAAAACUUAGAAGAAAGAGUAGCUGUGGUGAGUCGAAUAAUUGAGAUUCUGCAAGUCUUUCAAGAGCUGAACAACUUCAAUGGAGUCCUUGAGGUUGUCAGUGCUAUGAACUCAUCACCUGUUUACAGGCUAGACCACACAUUUGAGCAAAUACCAAGUCGCCAAAAGAAAAUUUUAGAAGAAGCUCAUGAAUUAAGUGAAGAUCACUAUAAGAAAUAUUUGGCAAAACUCAGGUCUAUUAAUCCACCAUGUGUGCCUUUCUUUGGAAUUUAUCUAACUAAUAUCUUGAAAACAGAAGAAGGCAACCCUGAGGUCCUAAAAAGGCAUGGAAAAGAGCUUAUAAACUUCAGCAAAAGGAGAAAAGUAGCAGAAAUAACAGGAGAGAUCCAGCAGUACCAAAAUCAGCCUUAUUGUUUACGAGUAGAAUCAGAUAUCAAAAGGUUCUUUGAAAACUUGAAUCCAAUGGGAAAUAGCAUGGAAAAAGAAUUUACAGAUUAUCUUUUCAACAAAUCCCUAGAAAUAGAACCACGAAACCCUAAACCUCUCCCAAGAUUUCCAAAAAAAUACAGCUAUCCCCUAAAAUCUCCUGGUGUUCGUCCAUCAAACCCAAGACCAGGUACCAUGAGACAUCCCACACCUCUGCAGCAGGAGCCGAGGAAAAUUAGUUAUAGUAGGAUCCCUGAAAGUGAAACAGAAAGUACCGCAUCUGCACCAAAUUCUCCAAGAACACCAUUAACACCUCCUCCUGCUUCUGGUGCUUCUAGUACCACAGAUGUCUGCAGUGUAUUUGAUUCUGAUCAUUCAAGCCCUUUUCAUUCAAGCAGCGAUACCGUCUUUAUCCAAGUUACACUGUCCCAUGGCCCAAGAUCUGCUUCAGUAUCAUCUAUAAGUUUAACCAAAGGCACUGAUGAAGUGCCUGUCCCCCCUCCUGUUCCUCCACGGAGACGACCAGAAUCUGCCCCUGCAGAAUCUUCGCCAUCUAAGAUUAUGUCUAAGCAUUUGGACAGCCCCCCAGCGAUUCCUCCUAGACAACCCACAUCCAAAGCCUACUCACCACGAUACUCAGUAUCAGACCGGACCUCUCUAUCAGACGCUCCUGAAAGCCCUCCUUUGUUACCACCACGGGAACCUGUGAGGACACCUGAUGUUUUCUCCAGCUCACCACUACAUCUCCAACCUCCCCCUUUGGGCAAAAAAAGUGAUCACGGCAAUGCCUUCUUUCCAAACAGCCCUUCCCCCUUUACACCACCUCCUCCUCAAACACCUUCUCCUCAUGGCACAAGAAGGCAUCUGCCAUCACCACCAUUAACACAAGAAGUGGACCUUCAUUCCAUUGCUGGGCCACCUGUUCCUCCACGACAAAGCACUUCUCAGCAUAUCCCUAAGCUCCCUCCAAAAACUUACAAAAGGGAGCAUACACAUCCAUCCAUGCACAGAGAUGGACCGCCGCUGUUGGAGAAUGCCCAUUCUUCCUGAGUUCCUCCGUACCAGGAUGUGUAUCUCCUGUCCCCAAAUCCAUUGCUGGCAAUGGAUGCACUGAAUGUGCCAGCACUGAGGAGUUAAAAUGAGAACUCCAAACACUAACGACUCUACUUCAAGAUGCAGUAUAAGACAAUGAAUUUUAACCUAGAUGUAAUUAUAUAAUGAAAAUGGCAUUCGUUUAGAAUAUGAAAAGACUGAUCUAGAGAAAUUGGACAACUGAUUCACCUGAAACUCAAUUAAAGGGACUUUUUCCAGCCAGUGGGCUGGAGCCUCUUUUUGUGAAUUGAUCUUUAUCAUUAAAGGGAUGGAAAACACAGUCUAGUGUCCAGCAGGCCCACAUGAUGACAGUUUUUAUAAUUCAAAAUAUUAUGCACUUUUUAAAAAGAAAUCUUAAACAGGGAUCUUCAUAUCCUCCUUUGUUUUCCUUUGCUUUUACUCGUCCGACUUUAGAAUAUUUUCUUAAGAAUCAUUCAAAGGACUGUGAGGAAAGGCUGUGGUACCUGACCUUGUUGGAAUCAAGGCCCAGCACUGUACUACAGUCCUGUUUACAGAUCAUUAUAGUGAAUUGAAUGAAUUGAAUGGGUACCAAGGCUUCACCAAAGAGGUACUUUUUUUUUAAAAGAAUAAUUAUACCAAUUUUAAGAGCAUAUCCACCCACUCUCCCUAUACAAACAAAACGUGGUGGUGUUGCCUUCAAACGAGAAUUUUUGUGUCGUUAACAUGACAGAAGAACUUUUUUAAAAACUGUAACUGUCAACUAUACAAUUUACAUUUAGGAGACUGUUAUCUCUGCUUGAUUGUCAUUCCCACCCUUCUCCCGCAGAAGUUUACUGGUCAUCCAUGCCAUGGCUCAUAGCUGUCCCACUGACCAUGCUGUGGCAAUGCAGUCACCAGUGUGAAAAGGAGCACUUAGUGCUUGCUGGGCAUCCCUGACACCAUUCAUGUUUUACUAAUAGUUGAGUGAUCAGCCUACCUAGAAUUAUCUUGCAUUGCCGAAAUCAUGUGUAUAUAGUGAAUGUUAUAUAAUAAACCUUGCAGGUCUGUUUUAAUUUAAUUGAAUAAAGAUACAAAUACCUUGUUGGCUGGCAUAUAUUAAAUUAUUAUAUGGAGAAAGUGGUUGAUUCUUAUUUCUUUCAGUUGAAACACACACAAACACGAACACUAAGCAUAAAAGCACGUAUUGUGGUACGCCUUGGUUUCUAGUUCUGGAUGUAUGUAUUUAUCUUAAAGAAUGAUCUAAAGUUGCAGUUUGGCAUGUAGGAUAAUAUUUGGUUAGAAUAGGAUGGGUAUCUUUUAAGCAGAACUUUGUGAGUUUUUUAAUUUCUUAGGCAACAUGUAUACAGUUUGUUAAAGUUUAUAUUAAUCAUUCUACCUUGCUUGAGGUCUUUGCUCUGUCAGAACUAUUCGUAAGAGAACAUCUACCUACAUCAUUAAAAUCAUAAUAUGGAUUAUUCAUUAAGCCUAUGUAUUGAUCUUCUGAGUCUAACAAAUUCUGUGACUGAAAUGCAUGCAACUUGUUGAAGAGAAAAACUUUUAUUAGACUCCACUAUAAUGUCUGAAAUGUGCAGUAUUCCAUCCUUAGAGAGUCAUCAGUUCAUCCAUAUCUGCAUGUGUCCUCUGAAUAAUGAAGCAGCAUUUCAGCAAUUCUGUUAAUCAUGCCAUUAGAGACAUUUUCAGAAGUGCUGCAUCAUGGCUGAAACCUAAAACUUUAAUAAUUUCCUGUGACAUUUAUUAGAGCAUUAAAUGCAUUUCACAAUAGUACAGUAUAUAGUCCUUUAAGACCAGAAUGUUGAUUGCAUCAUCAUCAAGCGAUCCAUCCUAGCAUAUCCCUAUUUAUUUGUUAGAGUUGAAUCUUUGUUUAAUAUCUGUACCAUUCCUAUUAUGGUAGGUAGCCAUUUUUCUCUUUGUAAAAUCUCUCCUUUUAAAAGUCUCCCAAAAAAUUAAUUUCAAAUCCACUCUUGUAUGCGAAGUGUCCAUAAGACCACUCAUUCAGUAAGUAUUUAUUUAAGCCUACUUACUAGUGCUGCUACAAUUAAUCACAAUACACAUUCCAGAAUCUCCCAUGACUUUUUAUUAGAACAGCCUCAUUGUCCCUAGGAUUUCCCUUUAUAUGUCCUAUUGAUCCUCUCUCUCUUUCAUUACCCUAUCCCCACUCCAAAUGAGAACCUGAGAAAAGUCACAUUGGAGCCCAUUCAAUAACUCUGGCCAGUGUGUUCACCUUCAAUAAGGGUUUUAAAUCGGCCUCAUCAAAUAAAAGAGGAAAAAUGCAAGAUUUGGAGCUCUAAUCAUACUUCGCAAAGGGAACCAUUCUAGAGCCGGUGGUUCUAGGAGACCACGUCACUGCGCAUCGGCUUUGUAUGCACUGUGGAUAGAGGACACAUUUAUUUUGAAGCGUGACAUAUGGGUAAAAACAUUUUCUGCAGUGGUAACUAACUAGAGGAAUGCCAAUUGGAUGCCCUUAAAUGAAGGUGAGAAAACUGUAUCCUUGCCUUCGCUUGUGGAACACUAGCUGACAAAUUUAUUCUUUCUAUUAACUAAAAUUACUUAAUCAGGGACGAGAAGUGGCUGAGAAGAUGAAUGCAUCACCAUCAAAUUCUGCUUUUGAGUCCAGGACAUUAUAAGACAGUCAAUGGAGCAUGCCUUUUUCUAAACCAAAUUUCAAAAUAUGCAACAUUUAGAGAUGUAAAUGUUCUUAGAUGUUUCAUUAUCUGGAUCACACAAUGAAAAUAUUUCCAGGUUAAAUUUACUUAAGUGGGCUGAUAACUAAUAUAAUAGAAAGGGAACCUUUUCACAUAUCUAAGCACUUUUAAAAGCAGAACAGAUAAGUAUAUGUUUCUAAAUUCAUUCAAAGGUUAUUUACUCUUCCCAGUCUUCAAUGUAUUUUAAUAGUACAAAUUACCAGGAAAUACACAAACAUUAAAAGUUUGCUUAAUUAAAGGUUGUUGGGUAUCAAAUUAUAUGUUUAGUAGGUUACUGUGCUCUAACAACUCAAGAAUGUUUUACUGGACUGGAUGUAGCAAAGAGCAUGGCACAAUAAUGCUACAAUCAACAGAACAGUCGAGUGAACAAGUACUGUUUCAGUUGGAGACUAUAUUAUGGUUCUAAAUUCUUCCUUAAUAGGUUUUUUU